GUCAACACGUUGUACUACAUCCACGUUCAACUUCAGAUUAGAAUCAAAUCUAAUACUUAGAAUUUUUAUUUGCUUGCAACACAAAAGCCUGCACGUGCAUUUUUCUCUUUAAUUUUGCACAAGUAAAGAGUAUAGUUAAUAUUUUGUCGUAGCAUAGUGUAACUAAUCACCAACACUUGUUAUUAGUCAGUUGUUGCAACAAACGACAUGCUCUUUUUCGUUACAAGACAUGGCUACAUCUGCAAGUCCAACUGACGAGAGUCACCAAAAAAAUUCUUUGGAAAACAACUCCUUUGAGACUGAAAAUGGUGAAUUAUGCGAUAAUAAUUUGAACAAGAGCAAUUGGCAGAAUGAGCGCUCCGUUUUCUAUAAGAAGCGAAUAAAAAAAGAAAAUAAUAAGCUUGAAAUUGAAUUCAACGAGACUCCGCAAGAAAUACGCAGACAAAGGAUAUUGCACUAUCAAAAGCAAAACAGAGAGGCAUUGCUCAAUGCCAAGAGAGGACUCUUGGAGAAUGCCUUCGAUUCGGAAAAUGAAGAGGAAAUGGAAGAGGUGGCAGAUGAUGAAGAACAAGAGGAAAUGGAAGUUUGUCCAAUAAAAAGGAAAUUCAAGCCUAGAAAGGAGUAUGCACGCAUGCUGAUGUUUUCGGAAUGGAUGUUAGAAGUUCCUCAAGAUUUUGCUGACAACUGGGUAAUGGUUCCUUGUCCUGUAGGAAAAAGAGUGCUCAUAGUAGCAUGCAAGGGUUUGACUAAAAUGUACAGCAGAAGGGGUAUACAGCUUACAUCAUUCAAGUCUUUGCUUCCAGGUGGAAGUUCAGCAACUUUUAGGAAUCAUUGCACGAUAUUAGAUUGCAUUUGGACAAAGGAUAAGGAAACCGUUUAUGUUCUAGACGUAAUUGUAUGGUCAAAUCAGGAAAUGCUCAAUUGCGAUACUGAAUUCAGAUUUUACUGGUUGAGGACUCAGUUGAAUGAUAUAAAUAGCAUAAAAGAUCAAAAAGAAGAUACAAAUGAUUUUUCUAUUGUAGCUUUGCCUACUGUCAACUGCAAUCAAGACUUUACUGAAUGUUUACAAGAUGUUGCUGAGACUUUAACAAUCGAUGGUUUGCUAUUUUAUCAUAAAGAAGCACACUAUACAAGUGGACGAACACCACUUGUAACGUGGCUGAAACCGUACAUGCUGCCUGAAGUACUUGGUAUAAGUGUCCCUGAAGAGUACAUUGAAAAGCCACCUAGCUAUAUUAAUUUCGAGCAUCACGUGUUAAGUAUAAUUCAAAACGAAAAAAGAAAAUUGGAGCACAGACAAAAAAAUACACGACAAAGUCAAGUAGACGUGGAGGAGAUGGAAUAAUUAACUUUUGUAUUGCCUGACCAAGAAUGAUUUGUAAA